AUGUCAGCCUUCACAUACCACCACACACGCACGCGCUCUCGCUCGCGCGAGCGCACUUCCCCGCCACCUCUUCCACGGCGUACAUCCUUCAAGCGGCAGCGUCUCUUCCUCUCAGACGAUGAAGAUGACGGCUACGACGAUUACCCCUACGCUGGAAACCACCGACCCUCCCGCGCACUAGUCAGGCGGGACCAGCCCAGCCAACUUGAGCGCUGGAACAUCUGGUCUGACUCGCGAGCGGAAGAGCGCUGCGACUCAGGCAACGAGGAGUCAGAAAGGGAGCGACGUCGGAGACAUCGACGCGUAUCUUUUGCUGACGAACACAAUGAGGACGAAGAGCGUGGGUUUCGCUUGAGGAUCGCGAGACUGACGUCUGAGCGCCCGAGACAUCUAUCCCCGCCUCCAAGGAGGUAUCAGACUGAGUCCGAUGAUGAGAGGGCGCGGGCGCAUGUCUGGUCCGCUGAGUUGCUCCACAGGAGGGAGAGGUGUGUUAGUGAAGACUACGAGGCACGGGAGCGUGCGAGGUCAAGGUUGACGGAGCGGAGACGCAGAGAGAGGUCGUGGGGUGGCGACGAUGAGGACGAGGAGAUUGAAAGGGAGUUUGAUGGAGAGAGGGUGGUGCGGUGGAGGAGGAUCAAAAGGACGCGGACGGAUGAAUGGAGACCUUUGGCUGGGUGGCGGAGGGUAUAA